AUGGAUACCCACUUUGCUCACUCGAGGCUCUUGUGGCGGCCGGCCAAUCCGGCGCGAACGUCUCUGGACGCGUUCCGGCGCAUGGUGAACAGGAAACACGGUCUGAACCUUAGGGACUAUCAUGACUUGCACAGAUAUUCGGUAGAAGACUAUGAGUUCUGGCUAGACGUUUGGGAGUUUGUAGGCAUCCUGCACUCCGUGCCUCCUACCAAGAUCUUAGAAGACGGCCGUAUGAAAGAGCUGCCCACAUGGUUCCCUGGCGCGCGGCUGAACUACGCGGAGAACCUGUUGUAUCGAAAUGACGACGGCAUUGCGUGCACCGCCGCUAGAGAGACAGGAGCUAUCUCACAUUAUACGUUCCGGCAGCUCCGUGAGCUGGUCAGAAUCACGGUUGCCGCGCUCAGGAUGAACGGUGUGGGCAAGGGAGAUAGAGUUGCCGCCAUUGUCACGAACCACAUUGAUGCCGUAGUGUUGGCUCUGGCCUCCGCAAGUAUCGGUGCCAUCUUCUCUAGCACUGCUACCGACAUGGGCACCCAGGGCAUCCUCGAUAGAUACCAGCAGAUUCAGCCCAAGAUCGUCUUCUCAGAAACGGAGGUUACUUGGCUGGGAAAGACGAUAGAUCUCAUACCGAAAGUCGCAGAGGUGGCCAACGGACUGGCUUCAUACGGGCUGCAGCGCGUUGUCCUAUUGCCUAGUGCGAAGACCGGCACGGAGCUUUCUCCUUCUACGGCUGCAGGUGUUCCCAAGAGUAUCUCUCUGUCCGCAUUUCUAUCCUCCGGAGACAACCGUGAACUCCAAUUUGAGCAGCUCCCAUUCAACCACCCGCUGUACAUUCUGUACUCCUCAGGUACCACCGGCCCUCCCAAAUGCAUCAUUCACACAGCAGGUGGCGUCCUCCUGCAGGCAAAGAAAGACAUGCGCCUUUCAAUGAGCAUGAGCAGCGAUGAUACAUACUUCCAAUACACCACAACGGGCUGGAUGAUGUGGCCGUACAUGCUACAAGGCCUAGCCUGCGGUGCUCGCAUCAUAGCGUAUGAUGGCUCGCCGUUCUACCCCAACGUCCACCACUUCUUGAAGUUCUUGUCAGCAGAAGGGGUUACGAUAUUCGGCACGAGCGCGCGUUUCCUUAGCGAGGUGCAGGGACAAGGCGUUGAGCCGUGUAUUCAGAUUCAAGGGAAACUUCUGGGAAUGAAAGUCGAGAUCUUCGAUCCGGACGGGAAGAACGUCGAGGACACGGGCAUGCCCGGCGAGCUGGUGUGCACCCGCCCGCAUCCUUCCCUCCCGCUCGGUUUCUGGGGCGAUGAUUCAGGAGAGAAAGUGCGGAAAGCGUACUUCGAUCGAUACCCUGGUGUAUGGCAUCACGCCGACUUCAUCGUCAAAAAUCCGGAGACACAGGGUUUGAUGAUCCUGGGACGCAGCGACGGCGUGCUCAAUCCGAGUGGCGUGCGCUUCGGCUCCGCCGAGAUCUAUUCCGUGCUGGAGGGCUUCUCGGACGCCAUUGACGACUCAUUGUGCAUCGGGCAGCGCCGCCCGCAGGACCGCGACGAGCGUGUCCUCCUGUUCCUCAAGAUGCGUCCCGGACAUGCCUUCACCAAUGACCUCACGGACCAGAUCAGGUCCUCGAUUCGCAAGGCCUUGAGCCCUCGACAUGUCCCUGCCUACAUAUUCUCCGUCGAAGACAUACCGUAUACGGUCAACGGCAAGAAAAUAGAGAUCGCGGUCAAGCAGAUUGUAUCUGGCUCCAAUCUCAAACCCAGCGGUACUGUCGCCAAUCCGGAGUCCCUCACGCAUUAUUACAAGUUCAGGGAGCUCGAGAAGCUUGUUGGGAGCAGGGCAAAACUUUGA